AGAGGAAAGCCAGGGAGCACGACAGUCGAGCAAAAGUCCGAAAACAUUAAACCAGCUAUGAGGAGGCAAUCAUGCUCUCCUAACGUAACAAGGGGUAGAUUAAUGGUAGCUAAUAAUAGUAGUAAUAAUAGCUCAGGAAAUGGCACAAUGGUAAUUGGAAGCAGGAUUGUAGAGAAGAUGAUGAAUGCGAGGGACAAGGAUUCACUGGACAAACAUCAGAAUCAAGCUAAUGAGAAGACAGGGAAUGAUAAAUUGAUGCCGAAGACUAUGAUGGACAAGGUGUUUAAGAAGCAAUCGGAUAUGAGUAGUAAGAAUCCAGAUGGUGUAAAGUCAUCCACAAAUGCUAAUAGUACUGCAUCGAAAACCAAACUGGGCAAUCAGACAUAUCAAGGUCUCCAAGAAAGGAACUUUAGAGUUCGAGCAGGCAACGAAAGCAAGUUCCCCAUUAACAAGAGUACUGAAACUAGAACUAGAUAUAAAUGAACCAGGGAUAUUACUUGAGGUCUUGCUCUGGUGGAAAUUUUGCAUGUUUUGGUUUUAGUCUUAUUAUUGUCUAAUUUGUUGUCAUUCUAAUUAUCAUCUGACUCACUUUAAUUUGAUGUACUCAUAAAGAAAACAAGUGA